AUGAAUGAAAAAUGCACAGCCGAAAUUGAUGCAGUAAAAAUGGCCGUCAAUGAAGUUGUUUCAUCUGUGGUAGCAGCGAUCGAUGGUUAUUCGGCGCUGCAGGUGGCAUCGAAAAACGAACGCAAAUUUUAUUACAACGAUCUGGAACCAGCAACUCCAGCAAAGAAACGCAAAAGUACCAGUACUAUUGAGACACUGCCAAUUACUUGUCCCGUCUGUGCAGUGGUUUGUUCACAAGAGCGCGUUUACUGGAAUCACUUCCCAUCGAAAGAUGCCUUAUUCCUAUGCCCGGAAUGCAUUCAAACAUACGGCAAAAUUUAUCCGAUUAAAACGACACUGAUUAUUGCGCCAGCCACGAUUUGUCAUCAGUGGUACGAAGAACUGAAAAGGCAUAUCAGUGCCGAUGUGAAAAUUGAUAUGUAUCGAGGAGUCUUAUAUGAUGGCUACAAACAUCCCGAAUAUCUGGCCACACAGGAUAUUGUUGUCUGUUCAUUUGAGACACUUCGAAGUGAAAUCAAUUUCAUGGGAGCUCGGCCAAGACGUGGUUAG